AUGACAUUUAUCAAGGAAAACAUACAUAAACUUCAAGAUGAAAAUCAGGAUCAUAUGCCCUGCGGAUUUGAAGUUGUAGUUCCGGCGCUUCUCCAAAAGGCCCAAAACUUGGGCAUUGACAACAUUCCUUAUGAUGCUCCUGUCAUGAAGGAGAUUUAUGCAGCAAGAGACAGGAAGUUGAGAAGGAUUCCAAAGGACCUUCUGCGCAAUGUACCAACGUCUACGUCUCUACCAUAUAGUCUGGAAGGAUUACAAGAUUUGGAAUUGGAAUGGGAAAAACUUUUGAAGUUGCAGACACCAUUAGGGUCCUUCUUAACAUCUCCAGCCUCCACUGCAUUUGCACUUAUAGAGACUAAAGAUGAAAAAUGCUUCAGGUAUUUGGACGAUAUGGUGAAGGAGUUUCGAGGAGGAGAAUCCAGAAUACAACAAGCUCUCCAAGCUCACAAAUAA